CAUCUUUUUUUUAAAUAAUCAGUAUUACUGUUAUUAUUACAAAUACAAUUUACAACUAAUUUUUUUCCUUUAAUGAUGAACGAUCAAUGUAAUAAUAUGAUUGUAGAAGAAGGAGAAGAAAUGGAAAAAGAACGAAUAGAAGAUGAUGAUGUUGGUGUUGGUGUUGGUAUAGAUGUUGGAUGGCGAUCUAUCAAUGAUCGUCCUAAUCAUCAUCAACAACAUCAUCAUAAUAAUCACCAUAACUAUAUGAAUGAUGAUGAUGAUAACCAGAACCAUAUGAAAGAUCAACGUAAUAAUAAUUCUUGUAAAACAAAAAACUAUCCAUAUUUUACAAUAAUUUUGAGACAAAAAUUGCCUAUAUUAAUGACAACAACAAAAAAUAAUGAUGAAACAAACAAGAUGACUACGACGACGACCACUUUAACUAACAGAAAUAAUGAUGAUGCUUGUUGUGAAAAAAAUAAAGUAAAAAAUUUAUCAUUAACAGAUGAAAAUGAUGACGAAAAAGGUGAACAAAACAAACAAAGAUCGAUACAUAAUUCAUUAGAUGAUUUUGAAUUUACAACCGCAUGGCAAAUUUGGCUUUUAAAUGAUUCGAAUGAACAUUUUUCUGGCGAUUGGAAUGUAAAGAAAUAUGGAUCCGCAUCAAAAAUGGCUAGAAAAUUUUGGUCUACAUAUACCGAAUUACAAUGUUUACCAACAAAUGAGAAUCCAUUAUCUACUGUAAUGAUAUUUCGUGAAUCAAUCGAACCAAAAUGGGAGGAUAAAUGUAAUGCUGGUGGUGGAAGAUGGUUUUUUGAUAUCAAUUACAAUUCACCAUCAUCAUUAUCAUCAUCAUCAUUGUCAUCAUCGGUAUUAAAUUAUCAUCAUCAACAGUUAUCACAACAACACCAACAACAAUCAAUUAAUCAGCAACAAGAAAAUUUUUUUAUAAGCAAAAAUUUCUGGACCGAAUGUUUACAAUUGAUCAUGAGUGGUUCAUUAGAUCAAUAUGAUGAUCAUAUCGUUGGAAUGAUAUUGAAUUUAAAACCAUCCAAAUAUCGUAUAUCAUUAUGGAUACGUUCAUCAACAAAUUUUGAUCAGAUAAUUGAAUUGGGUAAACAAUUAAGAAAACGAUUGAAUCUACAAUGUCAGAUAAAAUAUGAAUUACAUACGGAAAAUGAUGUGAAUAACAACAACAACAACAAUGGUGUUGGUUCAAUGGCAUCAAAUUCAAUUUCGACAACAACAACAACGCCUGCCAUGUACAGUGUUGAUUGCAUCAACAACAAUAAUGAUAACAAUAAUUCAACAAUGAAUGAUAUCAUAAAUAAUAAAAAUCAAACAUAAAUAUUGAAUGAUAAUGAAAAA